AGAUGUUACACAUCUGUCAAAAACUUUUUGGUCAUUCAUCAUGAAUAUUGUUUAAAAUUAUUCAGUCAUGUAUCAAUCUACAAGGGCAGCAUCAUUCAUUCCAUCACAGACUGAAAAUCCAUUUUAUGAUUACAAUACUGCAAAAAACACAAAGUGGAUAAGAACACAAAAUCCAAUCCCUCAAAAUGCUGCACCAGUAAAUAUUGAUAUAAAUGCUAUGAAAAAAGUGAAUUUUAAUAAUUUAGAAUGGUUCAAUUACGAUUUAAAACCGCAGAAACUGAAAAUUACUAAUACGGGACAUACUUUAAUACUAAGUGGAAAAUGGGAAGGUGAAGGACCUUAUUUAGCAGGAGGAAAUUUACACGGAAAAUAUGUAUUUUCCCAGUUGCACUUUCAUUGGGGUAAAAGCAGUGAUGAAGGUAGUGAACAUACUGUUGACGGGAAAAAAUAUCCUUUAGAAAUGCAUGCUGUACAUUAUAAAAGUACUUAUGGAUCACAAGACAAUGCAAUGAACCACAAAGAUGGAAUGGUAGUUUUAGCUUAUUUUUAUAAGGUUCAAGCGAAACACAACGAGGUGUUUGAAGAUAUUAUAAAUGGUAUACCAGCUGUACAACGAUGUGCCUCAUCUAUAUACAUCGAACCAAGACCACUUAAUUCAUAUAUAAAACCAUUCACAGAAGAUUAUUUUAUGUAUUGGGGAACUGUAUCAACCAAUAAUUGUGGUCAUGUUUUACUAUGGUUGAUUUGCCGCGAAGCAACUGCAAUUGCUGAGUGCCAGUUAAAAGCGUUUAGAAGAUUACUUGAUGGAAAUGACGAACCAGUUGAACGUAAUUUUCGUAAAUUAAUGAUUCCAUCAAAUACUACGAUAUAUUAUGUAAAUCCUUCGAAAAUACCAAGUUUAAGACUAUCAAGCCGUAGUAAAAUAAAUGCAGAUAAAUUGGGGCAUGAUUCUUUUUCGAUGAAACAAAAAUUGAGUAUUAAUAAAGACUAUUGUAACUAUAGAAAAUUAUAGAAAGUUCCUAGUAAUUUUCAAAAUAAUUCAAUGCAUUUUUCAGAAUUAUUUUUAAUUACCAUUUCCAUGAAAGUUUCAAUUACAAGUAUAGAAUAUUAACCAAAAAAAUUCACAAACGAAUGUAAUAUCUUUUUCAAUCUUUUGUAUGGUUUUCACCUCAAACAAAACAGUACAUGGAAUUUUUUAAUAUUUCCCACUUUACCUAAUCUUGGUGCUUAGUGGUAAAAAUAUUUCUGUUCAAAGGGUAAGGCAGAUUAACGCCACAAUAUUUUAAACAGUGCCAUAAAGUUAAUUCAACAGAAGGGGCAAAUACGCCCGUUAAAAAUUAAUAGGGUAAAAUAUUUUACUGAUAAUAUUUUUAAAGAAAUUUCAUUCUCCGAUGUAGUAAUUCCAUAUACUCUUUUGUCUGAAAGAUGUGGCUAUUUGAGAAAAAUCUACAUACAUAUGUCAAACAUAUGUAAAUUAGAUUAAGAAAUGUAGGGAAAUAAGAUAAUUGGAUUUUUUAAAUAGGUCAUGUGAACUGCAUCUUUUCAUUUAAUAAUAAUUCAUUGUUAACCA